AACCAUUUAUGUUAGGAGAGCACCUUGUAGAAGCAAGUGGUAAAUUGGUCGUUAUAGACAAACUGUUGAAGUAUUUACACAAUACUGGACACAAAGUACUGAUGUUUUCACAGAUGACGCACAUGUUGGACGUGUUACAAGAUUACCUUGGAUACAGAGGUUAUACAUAUGAGCGUCUGGAUGGGUCAGUGAGAGGAGAGGAACGUUUCUUGGCUGUACAAAACUUUAACUCUAACGAUGAAACUUUUGUCUUUCUCCUGAGCACAAGAGCUGGUGGACAGGGUAUAAAUUUGACCAGUGCUGAUACUGUGAUAUUUGUGGACAGUGAUUUUAACCCACAGAAUGACCUGCAAGCUGCUGCCAGGGCACAUAGGAUAGGACAGUCAAGACCAGUAAAGGUGAUCAGAUUGGUCAGUAAGAAUACAGUGGAAGAGAUUAUACUGAAGAGAGCAGAAGAGAAGCUAGAAUUAACUAGUACAGUAAUAAAAGAAGGAGAAUUCUCACUGGGAGCUUCUAAACAAAGCCUCUUUACUGAUGAUAAAAUUAAGCUUCAGGAUAUACUAAAAUAUGGUGUUGAUGAAUUAUUAAGUGGUAACCAUGGAGAUGAUGUUGACCUUGAUUUCAAGGCUAUUCUUGGACCUACAGCAGAUGGUGAAUGGCAGCCUGAGGAAACAAAAGUGGAUGAAGAAGCUAAUGGAUCUGAGGAUGAAGGUAUUUUAGAGGAUGCACCACAGACUAUGUACAUGUUUGAGGGAACUGACUACUCCAAGGAGCCUACUGCAGCUGAUAAAAAAGCCUUUGAUGAACUGCUUGAAGCUGAGAGAGCAGUAUUGUCAGAGAAGCUGGCAGAAGAUAGACCAAGUCGUUUAAAGCGUCAACCUCUGUCUGUAUUCAUGCCAGGUCUACCAGAUGUUCUGAGAAAACCCAGAAAGAAAUUGACACCAGAAGAAUUAGCUGAGAGGAAGAAAAAGCGUGAAGAAGCUGCAGCAAAGAGAGCUAAAGAGGCAGAGGAAAGAGAAAUGAGGCGGGCACAAGAGCAAAGAAAAAGGAGAGAGGAACUGUGGAAGAAGAAUGAUUACAAGUCAUGUAACGUGGAGAUUGACGAGACCUCAGAUGAUGAUGAAGGAAUGCUAGAUGAUGAUGAUAUAUCAGGGGAUGUAACUCCACAUGAUAUAAAAUAUGUACUAGGGGAUGUAACUCAUCCAAAGAAAACUGAUAGAGAAAACAAUAUUAUUGUCCAUUGUGCAGAUGAUUCUGGAAACUGGGGUACCGGAGGUUUAUUCUCGGCACUAUCUGCCCGAUCAUCUAGACCAGAGGAUCAAUAUACACUAGCUGGUAAAAUGCAGGAUUUAGCUCUUGGAGAUUGUCAUAUGGUACCUUUUGAUGCUGGUUCCAGCAGUAAAGACGGCAAAGAUUGGGUAGCACUUAUUAUAGCCCAACAUCGAGACAAGAGGAACAACUUGUCUGGUAUAAAAUUGUCUGCCCUCAGAUAUGGACUAGAAAAAGUCUAUGUGAAGGCGAAGGAAAACAAUGCAAGUGUACAUCUUCCUCGUAUUGGACAUACAACUGUAGGUUUUAACUGGUAUGGGACAGAAAAACUCAUCAAAAAACAUCUAGCCUCAAAAGGAAUUCCUACGUAUAUAUAUUACUUUCCAAGAAGACAUCAGAAAAGGAAGGCAGUCACUGUAACCAGUAACGAUGGUCCUCCUGCAAAAGUUGUCAAGGAUGCUCCAAUUGCUUCAACAAGCAAAACAUUGGCACAGAAGGAAGGUGGGGGUUUAUCAAAUAUUUUCUCAGGGUCUGUGAUAUAUCUACACAAAGAUGGCCUAUCUGAAGAAGAUUUCAAGAAAUACAAAAGAUUAAUCAUAGCCUAUGAUGGUGAUGUGGAAACAACUGUCUCAAACAGAACUACUCUAAUUGUCAUACCUCAGGAUUGUGAUCGUCAGACUAUUGUGGAUUUGUCUGACAAACAAGAUGGCGUUCCUAUAGUAACAACAGAAUGGAUAGAUGAUUGCAUGGAAAGGAAGAAACGGAUAAAAACUGAAAACUAUGAAAUCAGUUGAUAUGUUUGGAAAUCUAUUUGGAUAGAAAUAUUGAAACCUGUGAUAGAUACAGUACUGACAGUUUGUAGCUGAAUAUUUAAUGUGCACUGAUACUUAGAUUUUAGAUUUAGUUAAGUGAGAUUUGUAGAAUAGUCUGUGACUAUGUAUUAAUAGGCAGCUUAAUAGAUAAUGUGUUGAUGUGAGACAUUAAUAUGAUAUUGUCAAAAUAUUUCAUUUUAUCAGUUAAUGUCUGAUUGAUCAGAGAUAUUUUAUGUUCUAGAGAUAUCAUGUUCUUGACCAGUUACAUAUUAACAUUUUCAUAUUGUUGUUUUUAUGCCCCCAUAGGACGACAUAUUAAAAUCACACCAUCUGUCUGCACAUCUGUCUGUGCAUCCCAAAUUACAUAACAUUUGUGUUUUGACUGUAACUUUGUCAUGCAUUGAAACAUUUUUAAAUAACUUAGCACAAAUUUCUGCAACAUCAUGAUGAUUUGUCCCAUCUAAGACCCAUGUCCCUACUUCAAAGGUCAAUGUCACACUUAUAGUUUAAAGGUUCACAUUCUCACAAUUAGAGUUCAAAGGUAUACACAUUUGUGUCCAGAUUCUGUAUUUCAUAGAAGAAUUUUUAAAUAUAUGUCUAUCACAUCAAGAUGAUGUGUUACGUCCAAGACCCAUGACCCUACCUCCAAGGUCAAGGUCACACUUAAAGUUUGAAGGUACCUUAUAAUAUAACUUGAGACAAAUGUCUACCACAUCAAGACAAUGUGUGGCGUCCAAGGCUCAUGUCACUACCUAAGAGGUCAACGUCACACUUAGAGGUUGAAGGUACAUUUUUGUGUCUGGAAGGUAACUUUAUCAUGCAUUUGAAGGAAUUUAAAAUAGCUUAGCAUAUAUGUCUACAACAUGAAGAUGAUGUGUUGCUUCCAAGGCCCAUGUACCUACCUCCUGUAUCAAGUAAACACAUACAGUUUGAAGGUAUUCAUUCUCACAAGGAAGAGUUUGAAGGUACACGUGUCUGUCCGCACUGUAACAUGUCAUUUUAAGAAUAUUUGUGUGACUAAUGUUUUUCAUAUUUGGUAGGAUGAUAACAUACAUGGUAUUUUUUCUUUGGAUUGUGAAAGAGGUCAUUUUCAUCAAGGUCACCUGUGUUGAAAAUAGAUUUUUACACUUUUGCCGAUGCAGCCUUUAUUUAUGGACAGAUGUCUUUCAUGUUGUGUAGGAAAAUAACUUGCAUGGUCUUCUUCCUUAAGAUUGAGUUUAGGGUCACUUGGUUCCAGUUCAAGGUCUUUCAUAUAUAUAUAUAUUUGCUAAUUUGUUAUUGAAAAUUUGAUAUAUUUCAACUUCAUAACAAAGCAAUGACAUGCAAACUGUCGUGACUGUCAAGUUAUACAACAGUGUUUACAAUUUUUUGGGCAAUUUUUCUGUCCAUAACCAAUUGAAUGAGUAAACCUUUUUUGAAAAAUUAUUACUGACAAGAAUCAGGGCCAGGAGCAUUUGUGUUUAACAAACACGUUUUUGUUUCAAUUUUAAGAUUUUUUUACGUUUAAAGAAACAAUAAUGACUAUGUAUGUAAUUGGCGGCUUAAUAUACCUGUAUGAUAUGUUGAUGUGAGACAAGAAAUUGUUGUCAAAAUAUUUCAUUUUAUCAGUUUAUGUCUGAUUGAUUAGAUAUAUAAUAUUCCCAACCAGUUACAAAUUAAAAUUUUCUUGUUGUUGCUGUUGAAGUUGUUUUCAUCUUUUUUGUAAACUGUUUUUAAUUUUAAGACUUUUUUAUGUUUAAAGCAACUUUGGUUAUAUUUAACAUCUUAAGCAGAAAUCAUUAAAACUUAUUGUUUUAUUUAUUCUGCAU